AUGGUCCAUUCAACAUUGGCCUUGUCCCUCCUGCUAAUUGCAGUCUCUUCCAACCUUGCGAUGGCAAUCAAAAAGGAAAAACGAGCACCUCAGACACUGUCAAGAGGGUGGGGAGAUGAAAUUACCUGGGUACAAACUUAUGAAGAAGGGCUUUAUCAAGCGAAAAAAAGUAACAAGCCACUGAUGGUAAUUCAUCAUUUGGAAGACUGUCAAUACUGCCAAGCCCUGAAGAAAGCUUUUGCAGAAAAUGAAGAGAUACAGGAAAUGGCCCAAAAUAACUUCAUUAUGCUGAAUCUCAUGCAUGAAACCACAGAUAAAAACCUGUCUCCUGAUGGACAAUAUGUGCCUCGAAUCAUGUUUGUAGAUCCAUCUCUCACAGUAAGAGCUGAUAUCACAGGAAGAUACUCCAACCGGCUUUACACUUAUGAACCACAAGACAUACCAUUCUUAAUAGAGAACAUGAAGAAAGCACUACGCCUCAUUCAGACAGAAUUGUAA